AUGACCUCGGUUGCCAUUCGAUCCAAUCUGAUCCACUGUGAAAAGACGGUCCUCUGCGGCAACCCUGUUCUCAGUAGCUGUCUCAAGCCACUGAAAACCCUCUCCGCGCAUACCAGAAUAGCCUUCACCCUUAUAGCCAACUGGAACAAUCCCGCUGUCAAGAAGGAACCUGAGGAGCCAGUAAACAAGGAAACUGAGAAGCUUAUUGUGGCUACUCACCCAAUCCAAAGCUCAACGUACCUCUGA